GGAGCGUCUUUCACUUGCUGGCGGGGAGCCACCCCCACUCCGGGCCCUAUAAAUACCUCUGUCGUCCUCUUCUCGCACCCCACCUCAAGUCCCCGGGGCCAACCAGACUCGCUCUUCACCAUGGCGUUCUCCCUCUGUGUGCUGUUCACUCUCGCUUCUGUCGUUUCAGGUCACGUGGCCCACCCGACCCUGGGCCGGGGCGAUGGUUUUCCCUUCAUGUGGGAUGACGCGGCCUCCACCCUGGACGAACUUAAUGCCAAUGACACCGCCAUCUUCAUGGACGCCUUCCACUAUCUCGACAGGCUGUCCAUGUUCAAGAUGGUGUUAGAAGGAACCCAUAAAUGCUUUGACAGCUUUGCCCCCAACAAUACUGCCAACAUCUAUUGGGGAUUUACCAUGUGCUUGAAUUGGUUGCUCGCCACAGGGAGAUCAGCAGACCCCACUGGUCACUCAACUUGUGCCCUUGCCCAUGGAGACCCCAUGUGCUUCGCUGAAGAGUCCUGGUGGAACUGCAUCAAAUACAACCAAGCUGUCACUUCCUUCUUUGCGGCAAAGAAAGCCGGCGUAUUUGGUGAUGUGAACAAGACCAUCGUAUUGGUGAAGCCCAAAGAAGCAAACUCACCUUACUGCAGUAGUGAAGAAGAGUGCCAAGCCGCCUACCCCGACGUGAUGGCUGGGUACUUGGACUAUUUCAACUAUUUAAUGUCCCUUGAGAAGACCAGUGAAUCCAUAGACAUGGACAAAGCCCAGCUGCUGCUAUGGAAAGCCCACGUAACCAGCAUGGAGAACUCAGCUGCAGUCUGCACCUCAAGACUAAAGAAUUACAACAACAAUGAGCGCCAGUUGGAAAAGGACUACCUUAUCAGCUUGCUCUACUUAGCCGCCACCAAUUACCGGACAAAUUUUACCGAAACAAUGAAGUUCAUCAGGGACAUGCCUCAUCGCCAGCUCAGGUUUGGGGAUGUCGCCCCGUUCAUUCCCGACAUGGACAUGAAGACAAAUAACUUCUUGGUGGCACUUCAUGGAUUUUACUCUGUUCAUUCCCUUUCAGGUGGCUCCUCACUGACCCAUUGGAGGAACCUCAUGAAUAGCCCAGUUUCGAGAGAGAUGGCCCGAGACAUGCUGUAUUUGAUUCUGGCUGGCACACCUCUAGACAUUCCAGUUGAGAUGGCUAAAAUGGGGAUCCCCACUCACGUCUGAAACUUCACAUCCUCCAACUCAGUCUCCACUUAGCCCCGUCUGUGCCUUUCUUCAGCUGAAUUAUUAAGAUGAUGACCACCACAGGAUUUGUAGAUCUGAUUCUUGACUAAUUAAAAGCGCUGCAUGUC